AUGUGCCGGGCCAGAUUUUUCGUCUUCUUAGCGUUGACGUCGGUGAGUUCCCGGCAGAUUGUUUCGCCUGAUGGAAUUGAAAUUUCGGACGAACUAGAAGCAACGCUCAGGUGCUUGGUGAGAACUUGGAUCAGAUUCGAGUGGUCUCAGCGCUGCGAGAACUGUGUCGUCCCGACUGAAGAUCAGCUAUCAGACGAAAACAGACUUCCAGAAUGUACUCCAGAAGCACUCGAGAGCGCAGGGAUAAAAGUGACGCAGAUCUUGGCUGGAGAAAUCAGUCACUGCUCUUCCGAGAAGAAAUACGUCCUUCCUCGAUAA